AUGGGGAAUCUCUUCACUAAGGAAAAAUCAAAAGAUAGUUCUUGUCGACCAUCGCGGGGUUCUGACGGCUAUCCGAGGCAGAAUGAGCAACGACCUGAACCAGUUAAACCGCUUCCGGAAGUGGUAAAUCCUGUCCCUUCAGCGCCAGAAAUUCCAGAGGAAGGGAAUGUUUGGACUGGAACAUCAGACUCGGCCAGCGGCAUCAAGACUCCAGAAGCUGAAAAGCAUUCUGUCAAUCAAGAAGAGACUCCUAAGGAAAUGCCAAAAACUCCGUCGAAAAGCCAAAAUUCUCUGAAAAGCCUAACAAAAUCAUCGUCCCGCCAUUCCGUGAAAAUAAGCCAGUCAACAUCAAAACAUUCAAAAAUCGAGCUCGAGGAGCUUUCCGUCAAGGAUUUACCCCAACCCCAACCAAUUCUCACGGACGAUCCUUCUUUCAGCAUUCACGGGCAGCAUCAAAAGACCCCCUCAGAGAAAUCAGCUCCUACUUCCGUCCCUCAGACUCCCUCAAGUAGUGACAAGCCCCAAGUGCCAUCAGUCCUCGGAAAUCUCUCCAAAUCCAGCUCUCGCAAGAGUCUUCGAACCUCGAAACCAACCACGCCGCUUGACGCUCCCAACUCGCCUUUCCGAAGCCCAACUGGUAAAAAAUCGCCCUUGGUGAAAAGCCCCAGCGCUCAAAGUCCCCUUGCUCAAAUGGCUUCCUCCCCCACUGGUAGUCAGAAAUCAGGACUAGUGAAGAGCCCGAGUGCGACAAGCCCGCUGGUUGAAACACGCUCAGAAUCGAGUGGAGCAUUGAAGACUCUCAUAAGAUCGAGCAGCAACACUGGAUCGUUAGGAAAAACAAACAGCAUCGAGAAUUUCAACGCUCAGGCAGAAUCACCGUCUCAGAACGCUAAUCCACUUGCAGAGGCAGAUCGAUUCAAUACCAACCCGGCGCAAGAGGAAUCGAUCGAGGCAGCGCUAGAACCGGUUUUUGAUGGAAAAAUCGAUGGAGACGCCGCGGAAAAAGUCCCUCGGGGACAAAUUUCUGAAAUAAAUGAAAAAACAGCUUUUGAAGAAGAAACGUACGAAGAUCUCCCAAAAUCAUCUUCAAAAACCAGCAUCAAAUCGCCGUCGCCGAAAGUUUCCAAUUCCGGCUCGCAGAAAAGCCUCAGAUCUUCUAAAUCACAGAACUUUGAUAACUUAUCGAAAAGCUCUUCCAGAAAGAGCGUCAGAUCUUCUUCCUCGAAUCAAGAUUUUACGGAGUUUUCAAAGUCGGAUUCAAGCAAAAUGCUUUCUGUUCUUUCUGAAGGUCAAGUUGUUGAAGAAAAUCUCGCUCAAGAUAAAGAAUCAGAAGGAAACAACGCGCAGGUGUCAAAAUCUUUCUCAAAAAGAAGCCUCCAUUCGCAGAAAUCAACAACGAGUACCGGCAACAACAACCGAGUCAUUUCCCCAACAAUGUCUGAGGAACCGAUUUCGAUCAUUCAAGGACCCUCUUCUGGUGUCUCCGAAUCCUCUUCAAAGAAGAGUCUUUUCACAAGAUCCAUCAGCUCCGAAAAACAAGAGAAGAUCGGUUCACCAGCCGGAGAAGUCAAGUCGCCAAGUGGUGGAAAUCCUUUUGGGGAGGUGACAAAUAUGAAUUCUUCGAUUCCAGAUGCUUCGGGAGUUUACGAUGGAUCUCAAAUCAAGCCCUCUCAAAGCAUUGAUACAGAAGGAGGAAUGACCUGUGAUGAGAUCUCUUUUGGCGAGAGCAUCAAAUCCGAUCAAGAAAUCAGCCAAGAUCCCCAACUCGAAGCUGUCAAGACCGAGGAAUAUUCCGAGCCCUGGGGUGCAUCAGAAUGCUCUCUCCAGAAAACACCAACUGGAGAAGAAAAUUUCGGCACAGAAGAGAAUCAAAGCUUAGAGAAAAUUUCAAAGUCGUCAUCGAAAAAGAGCUUCAAGCAACUAAAUGAUGAUCUUACGAAUCCAGAAGAGAAUAAAGAAGAUAUCAAUGAUUUUCUUUGA